AAUGCCCGAACACUAUGUCUUCUUUUUUGCAAGAUGGCGUCGAUGAGGGAGAGCGAUACUGGCCUGUGGCUCCACAACAAGCUGGGAUCAACAGACGAGCUGUGGGCUCCUUCAAGCAUCGCCUCUCUGCUCACGGUCAACGUCAUUGACAACGUCCGCCUGUGUUUCUCGGGCUUGUCGCUGCCUGUGAAGCUCAAGCUGCUGCUGGGGAUGCUGCAUCUCCCGAGACGGACAGUGGAUGAGAUGAAGGAGGCGUUGUCUGAAAUAAUCCAACUGGCCACCUUGGACACGGAGCCCUGGGUGCUGAUGGUGGCUGAUAUCCUAAAGUGUUUCCCCGAGACGGGCUCUCUCAAUCUAGACCUGGAGGAGCAGAACCCCAAUGUGCAGGACAUCUUGGGCGAGCUCAGAGAGAAAGUCAGUGAAUGUGAGUCUUCUGCGAUGUUGCCGCUGGAGUGCCAGUACCUUAAUAAAAAUGCCCUCACAACUCUUGUCGGACCACUCACCCCUCCAGUGAAGCACUUUCAACUGAAGAGGAAACCCAAAAGUGCCACCCUCAGGGCAGAGCUGUUACAAAAAUCCACAGAAACUGCUCAACAGCUUAAGAAGACUGCUGGAGUGCCUUUUCAUGCCAAAGGGAGGGGCUUGGUCAAGAAAAUUGAUACAACACCCCUCAAAGGUAUACCAAAAGCUCCAUUCAGGAGCCCCACAACUCCCAGUGUGUUCAGCCCCACAACCAACAGACCGCCCAUUGCGCCCCCUAGAACCCCUCUGCGCAAGGAGCGCGGAGUCAAGUUACUAGAUAUCUCAGAACUGGAUAUGGUAGGUGCUGGUCGAGAAGCAAAGAGGAGAAGAAAAACACUGGACUCUGAAGUUGGAGACAAACCAACGAAAGAAGAAAUGGUUGUUGAGAAUGCGACCCCUGAUUACGCUGCUGGUCUCGUCUCUACACAGAAACUCGGUGCUUUAAACAACGAGAGUGCAUUACCCUCUACAAGUUAUUUGCCCGCAACUCCUAGUAUGGUACCAUCAUCUUCAUACAUUCCCAGCUCGGAAACACAGCAGGCCAACACAGCAGGGUCGGUCCGGGAGGCGCUACAGACCAGGCCAGAGGAGCCCACGACCCCCAACAGCACACUGCCCAGCCAGUUCAAGCAGAGGACGCCCAUGUACAACAGCAGCACCAGCCCCUCAGCACCCACCUCUCCACCUGCCCCUAGCAGCACGUCGACCCCCAGCUCUCCCCCAGCUCCAGCACCACAACCCGCUGUGCAGCAACUGCAACCCCCGCCACAACAGCAGCAGCCCAAGAAGAGCCUGUCCCUCACUAGAGAACAGAUGUACGCUGCACAAGAAAUGUUCAAGACGGCUAACAAGGUUACAAGACCGGAGAAGGCCCUGAUACUGGGGUUCAUGGCUGGAUCUCGAGAAAACCCUUGUCCAGAGCAGGGCGACGUCAUUCAGAUUAAGCUGAGCGAGCACACUGAAGUUUUACCAAAGGCAGACGGCACUGGCAGCACCACCAUGCUUGUCGACACAGUUUUUGAGAUGAACUAUUCCACAGGCCAGUGGACCAGACUCAAGAAAUACAAACCCAUAACCAAUGUGUCUUGAGUGACCUGAAAGACUUCUUUGUCCGGCGGGGGC